AGUAUCGCCAUCUAUCUUAAAACUAAAUAAGUUCUACGUGGACUGCACUAGCUCCGAACAGCUGUUCUUGCUAUCGAUUUUCUCUGUACCCGCAAGCAAGUUCACUGCGUAUCCACCUGCCAUGUUCACGGAUACGUCAUUGACACAGUCAAUAGUCUAAUAAUAAAUGUUACGCGAUAAGAAAGCAAAAUAAAGGACGAGCAUCUUUCGUUUAUUUGAUAACAAAGGUUCCUAACAAUUAGUGUUGGAAAACUCUCGGGAAAGUGUCUAGGUUAUGUUGUUAUGUGUGACUGAACAGGAACCAGACUGUCAAAUCUAAACAGUGUUGCAACACACCAUGAAGAACUCUUUACGUAGUGGAUUACAUAGAAGGAACUUUAUAAGCACCCAUGGGGAUGACGGCCCUAUAGAUACUAUACGUUUGGUUUCACCCAUCAACAGAUUUGCCAUAUUCCAAGGCAAUUUUAGUCAGGACGAUGAUGAUUACCCUGAAAAGCCAUACAAACUUCGGACGAAGAUCUUCUUGACGGCUUUAGCGGUAUUGGUGUUCGUAUCAGCACUGAGCGGCUACCUCAUUGGGAGUGCGGACUACUCCGCGCGGCGGACGGCGGAACCCCCGGAUCCUAUCGUUCCGCUGAAGCCCUCAGCCUCCCGGCUCCAUGUGUUCCAGAAGGCUGCUGUGUGCACAGACGCCCCGCAGUGCUCACAAAUUGGCAGAGAGAUCCUCCUCAAGAAUGGGUCAGCGGUGGAUGCGGCGAUCGCUUCCAUGUUCUGCAACGGGCUCCUCAACCAGCAGAGCAUGGGCCUUGGCGGCGGCUUCUUCAUGACAGUGUAUAUCAAGGAUGAGGAGAAAGCCUACACGGUGAACGCUCGAGAGAUGGCGCCAGGAGCCGCCACUGUCGACAUGUUUAAUGGGAGCUGGGAUAAAGCUGCUAAAGGUGCGUUAGCUGUCGGCGUGCCAGGUGAACUUCGAGGCCUCUGGGCAGCCUACAAGCGCUGGGGCAAGUUACCCUGGGAUAGCCUGAUUGCGCCCAGCCUGGAGCUGUGCAAGACCGGCUUCCAAAUGUCCAAGGUCAUGCACGACGGUCUGGACGCUGCUCCGUACAUCAAGAAUGAUAUCCAUCUUAGAAAAAUGUACUUCAACGCGGCAAAAGGCCAGUUCUACAAGCCUGGUACGACGGUGAAGCCGAGCGAAGCCUUAUGUAACACUUUCCAGAGGAUAGCUGAGAACGGGGGCGAUGACCUGUACAACGGGAGCCUGGCGGCAGACCUGCUCGACGAUCUGGAGAGGGUCGGGAGCAUCAUCACAGCUGAUGACUUGAGGAAUUAUGAGGCAAAGAUUACCGAUCCCAUCGCAGUCCCUCUAAGCGAUGGCGACACUUUCUACUCACCGCCUCCGCCAAGCAGUGGAGCUAUCCUCGUCAACAUCUUGAACAUCCUCAGUGGUUAUAACUUCAGUGCUUCAAGCAUUAACACUACCGAAGACAAGGUUCUCACGUACCACAGAAUCUUAGAGGCGUUCAAAUAUGCGUACGCGGUGAGAACAAAACUCGGAGAUAUGGAUUUCUUGGAUUUGAAGGAGCUGAUUCGCAAUGUGACUACUCCUGAAUUCGGCUCGGAGAUUCGGAUGCGGAUCAACGACACAUCAACCAGCAACGACACGGCAACCUAUGGAGCCGAAACGUACAACCAGCCGGACGCCGGCACCGCGCACAUAUCCAUCAUAGCCGCCAAUGGAGACGCUGUGUCUAUCACCAGCUCCAUCAACUACUACUUUGGAGCAGGCUUCUCAACAUUUAAGACUGGUAUCAUUAUGAACAACGUGAUGGACGACUUCUCUUCGCCCGGCAUCACGAACUUCUUCGGGCUGAAGCCUUCGCCAGCGAACUUCAUCGCGCCUCACAAGCGGCCCAUGUCCUCAAUGAGCCCUAGCAUCAUUAUUGACAGGAAUGGGAACGCCAAGCUGGUUAUUGGGGCUUCUGGGGGCACGAAGAUUACUACUGCAGUGGCUUUAGUGACAAUACGUAAGCUGUGGUUCGGUCAGACAAUAAAGGAAGCGGUGGACGAAGCGAGGAUCCACCACCAGAUAACUCCGAUGCACGGCGAAUACGAGUUCGGUGUAACACAUGAUAUUAUCCAAGGUCUACGCGCCAAAGGGCACGAAAUGGUCCGGUACCGCCACAGGGGCUCAAUAAUUUGCGCACUCUUUAGAAAUAAGACCGCCAUUUACGCCAACGCUGACUUCAGGAAGGGAGGCGAUGUCGCCGGCAUGGACUGAGACCCCUGUGCCUAAUUAUAAUAGAAAUAUGUCUAAUUGUGUGAAAUGAAUGGAAUUUUAAUACGAAUCUGAUACCUAUAGGAAACAAGUCGUAAAAAGCGGUGUGAAAUUGCAAUAUAAUUGGAAUUGAACCUCGUACAUUCUUCUAAACAUAGGUGGGAAUAAGUGACAUCUGAUGCUGGUUUAAUCAAAUUCAGGGCUUGCCCUUAAACCCGCCUUUCCCAGUCCUUUAUUUAUUUUUUAAGCUUGUUUUAAUGUAGCGGUUUGUGGAUCACCCACAUAGGCUCGAAGUAUUAAUGUAAUUGGCAAAACAAUAACAAGUAGGCGUUAAGAAACUUAUUACAAGAAAAAUGUGAUAGUAAAUAAACGAUAGUAUAGAUAGGAUAUAAAAUGUGACCGUCUGUGAAACAAUAAUUGCUGUCUAUGAUAGAUGCAACAACAAAACGCAAAAAUAUGGCUGAAAAAGAACAAUAAUUUUGGUGUCUAUGGGCUAAAUACUUAAAUAUAACCUAUAAGUAUUAAUAAUAAAAAGUUUAUUGUUAACUUGUGCUUGGAAUAAUAGCAUUUAUGAAUACAACUUAUUGACUUUAACUGGGUAGGUCUGUAUACUUGGUUAUUUUAUUUAUUCUAGCUGAAAUAUCUAUGAAUCCUAUCUUAGCAAAUGUACGUACAAUGUAAAUUCUCGUUACUAGUUUUUUUUUUUUAUUAAACAAUCAAUUUAAAAAGCUUUUUAUUUUAUAAACUUUCUAUUAAGAAAAUCACUUUUUCAAUAUUCAAUUCUUAUUAUUAAGUUCUUCGUUUCAUCAUAGGUAAUAAUUUAAUUAAUAGUUUUGAUAUAUUGUCACAAUUUUGUCCAAAUCGGCACAAACCUAAGAUUUAUUCUCACUGACACAAUUGCAUUUUUGUAGUUUUUUAUACUUUUUCCGUUUUGUUUGUAUUCUGAUGCAUUUAAAACUGCCAUUACACAAAGUGAGUGUAUGUUUACCUCCGUAUAUCCAAACAAAAUGUAGACAUUCCUUUACUAUUAGGUUUUCAUUUUAUAGCAGUGUGUGUGUACGUAUGUACGUAGCGUUAAAUAAUCGCUUAUUUACUAAAAUCUUGGUAACUUAUUUUAUGGUAAGGCCUAUUGGGUAUGUAGUUGAAUGAAAUGAACUGAUAAAAGUGCGAAUUGAAAUUGUCACAAACUAGUGUUUGAAAAUAAACUUUUUAAUGUUA